AUGUGCUAUUCCCGGUCCUUAAUUCCCAUUUACCAGGUCUUAAUUGUAGUAGCUCUAAGAAGUAGUAGCUUGUCUGAUAGGAUUAGAAGGAAGGAUUAUGAUACGAAGCUUAGAAUAGCUAUGCAAAAUGAGGCUGAGGCUGCCCCCACAGGCGGGAUUGUGGUUGAGGAAACGCACAUGUUUUGGACAGCUUGUUCCACUUGCAGGUUGUUGCUUAAGUUUGAGCGGAAGUAUUUGGGGCAUAUCUUGGUUUGCCCUAGUUGUAAGAUGAGCUUUGAAGCUGUUGAGGCAGUGGAGGAAGAUGCUGGAACAGAGAGACUUCAAAAGGAGAAAGAGGCGGUUGGAGGAAGAUGUGAGGAGUAG